AGGGAGAAUAUUGAAAUGUUCCUGAAAGGCUGUGAAGCGUACGGCCUGAAGCCACAGGACCUGUUCCAGGUCAACGACCUCUAUGAAAACAAGAACCUCUACAUGGUGGUCGACUGUCUGUACGCGCUCGGCGGAGUGGCUCAGAAGAAGGGCUUCGACGGCCCAGUGCUGGGUGUGAAGGUGGCCAACGAGAACAAGCGGAACUUCAGCCAGGCCGUGCUGCGGAAGGGCGAGCAGGUGAUCGGCCUGCAGUACGGCAGCAACCAGGGCGCCAACCAGUCCGGCAUGACCGCAUACGGCGCCGGCAGACAGAUCCUCCCCAACGGACGCUAGGCGGCGCCACCGCCUUGCCGAUAGGCGGCGCUGCUAUCGGCGUUCGGCGACGCCAGCCCGUGACGGUCAACAGCAUGUGAUUGAAUACCGAUGUGUCGGCACAUUCCGGUUAUAUGCAUGUUCGUCCUCGCGCAGUGAAGCGCGGGAGGCGUCUUGUACCGCCGAUCACCAGCCACGAGAAGUUUCAUCGGGAGCAAAGCUCUUUGCCGUUUUACAAAUGUGAGAUUGUAUGCCAUAGGAAUAGUGUCAACGUAUUAGAAUAUACAGUUUUUCAUGGAGUUUUUACGGACUCGUGUCUUCGCAAUACGCUUUAUUAAUAUGCACUGUUCCCGCUUCGUCGUUUGGAAUUUCGGAGGGCGCAUUUUGGGAGUGAACCAUGGCUGGAGCUCAACCACUCAGCGUUCUCCCAGCCGCUCGGGCUUCGCAUAAAUACAGAUGGCGUUUGUGA